GUGCCCGUCGUACGUCUGCCGCUGGGCACCCAAAAAUCCAACAAACCCCAACCUCAUCCGUGAGACCCUCGCUCCGUCCGUCACAGUCUGCCCAAAAAUGCAAAAGCGGCCAUGUCGGCAACGUCGUCGGAGUUGACCUUCAUCUUCGGCCCCAACAAGACCUUUUUCUUCGACAGCCCGCGGACAUGGAAGUAUUACAACAUUCCCGCGACCCUUCGGCAGCUGUUCAACAGCUCCAUGAGCCCCGGAUGGCGCAUCGCGCAGCCGUUUUGCCUCGCGCUGGGCCCGCAGAUCAACUCGCCCGAGCCGAUUUGGUAUGUGUCUUGUAGGGUGUUGAGUGGGGAGGAGAAGAUUUUCUACUCGCAAACCUACUUCGACUUCAACUACCCGGACCUCGCGGCCUGGACAAAGCGCAUCCCCAACGCGCCGCGAGCAUGCUUCGUCACGUUUGGCCCGGGUCUCUCGUACUUUGGCUGCGCGCAGGGCCACGGCUCCGUCUGGGCGGGCGUGAGCUCCGAGUUGACGGAUAAGGUGCAGAAGGCAUACGACACGCCGUCGUCCGCUGCGCUGGGGGUAAAUGGCGCGUGGUUCGUCAUGUGGCCGGAUGGCUACUUUGCGUGGAAGUUUUAUGGGGCGUAUGAGGGGUUGGAUAGGGAGCUGAAGGGGGCCGAGCCGAGAUCUGUUGCUUACGUCGCCAUCUCACCCUACAACAAGGAGCACUACUUCAUCGCCUACAAAGACCGGACCGUCAAGUACAACUUUGCAGGCUGUCCGGAAUGGAUACCGCAGAUCCAGGAGGUAUUCAAUGAAUGGCAGGCCGAGAUAUUGCAGAGGCAAGGCAUACAACGACCGCCUCCCGUGCCUCCCGUUCCCCCGCAGUGGAAUCAGUACCUCGCCAGGCCAGAUCAACCCACCUAUGUAGCAGCGCACUAUGCCAAUGCGGUCCCCCCUCCGCCUCAGCAAACCCCUUACAAUCCUCAUGUAGUGCUGCCGCCGCAGCAGUUUGCCGUGGAGUUGCCGGGAACGAUGCUGGAGCCUCCGCCACCGCCUGUGGCUGCGAGACCGGCUUCCAUCAUGACGUCCGCUAGUAAACGGAAGAGGCUCUUCUCCAGGAGAAAGAGCAACCCAUCGCUUGCUGCUGCUCCUGCGCACACAGCUUCCACCGAAGGGAGUCAGACAUGUAGUGUCAUGUAAACGGGAACGAGUAGGCGUUUGCGGGGCUAAGGAACUAAGAUGAGGUUCCACUACAUCUGUUUGCUUGCUUGCGCUCUGUUUAUUUUGUUGACUACUACCUACUUUUACUUAUACCCCGACUGUUCACCUGCUUUUUCCAUACUCUUCAUCGUUAGCAAAUUCUCCAGCGUUCCUGCGUAGUCGCGUCUUUCACCUUCACGUCGCCACCGCCUGCUCCGCUGCGCACUUGGUGUUGAGGAUUCAAAAUACUUCUCUACCAUCACCAGCCACCUCGUGUUCCCCAUGCUAUCCAAAAGUAGCAAACCAGCAUCUGUAAGUCAA